AAACUCUGUCUCUCUUCCCUCUUCGCUCUUCCCCUUCCUCAUUUUCACUCUCUCCUCCUCCCGAUUUCCAGCACAUUGUGUUUUCUUGUCACAUGCUCUGUUUCCCCCUCCCACAUAAUAAGUUCCAAACAUCCCCGUCCUAAUUGCUAGAAUCCUCCCAACUUCUUCACUGUCCUCUCCAGCUCCAAUGGUUUCCAUCUCCAUUGUUUGCCUCCUCUCUCUCUUCCUCCUUCUUCCCUCUCCGACCAUCACCGCCGCCUUCAACUACAAAUCAGCCCUUUCAAAAUCCAUCCUUUACUUCGAAUCACAGCGCUCCGGCCAUCUACCCCACACCCAGCGCGCCACCUGGCGCCACCACUCCGGCCUCGCCGACGGCUUGCAGCAAGGAGUGGAUCUAGUCGGAGGCUACUAUGACGCCGGCGAUCAUGUCAAGUUCGGGCUACCGAUGGCCUUCACGGUGACGAUGCUGUCGUGGGGCGCGGCGGAGUACGGCGAGGAAAUAGCCGCCGCCGGUGAGGAAAGACAUGUCUUGGAGGCGAUCAAGUGGGGGACGGAUUACUUCGUUAAGGCGCAUACGGAGGCUAAUGUGCUUUGGGCAGAGGUGGGUGAUGGAGACACUGACCACUACUGCUGGCAACGGCCGGAAGACAUGACAACCCCCAGACAAGCCUACAAAAUUGACACCAACAAACCCGGCUCAGACCUUGCCGGCGAGACGGCCGCCGCCAUGGCCGCCGCCUCCAUCGUCUUCCGAAAAUCCGACCCCCAUUACUCUCACCUUCUUCUACAUCAUGCACAGCAGCUGUUCGAGUUCGGAGAUAAGUAUAGGGGGAAUUAUGAUAAGAGUGUGGAGAAGGUGAGGAGCUUCUAUGGGUCGGUGAGCGGCUACAUGGACGAGCUGCUAUGGGCGGCAUUGUGGCUACACAGAGCUACAGGGAAGAGAGAGUACUUGGAUUAUGCUGUGGCGAAUGGGGUCUUUUUCGGUGGCACGGAAUGGUCCAUCAAGGAGUUCAGUUGGGAUGUUAAGUUUGCUGGCAUUCAAGUUCUGGCUGCAAAGAUACUGUUACUGAAGGAAGAACCGCUGACAGAGAAUCAUCAGAAAGUGCUCCAACAAUACAGAGCAAAAGCAGAGCAUUACAUAUGCUCCUGCCUCAACAAGAACAACAAUGGCAGCAAUGUGCUUCGCACUCCGGGCGGCCUUCUGUUUGUAAGACCAUGGAACAACAUGCAGUAUGUUUCUACAGCAGCUUUUCUCCUCACCAUAUACUCUGACUAUCUUACAGCAGCAUCAGAGAAAGAACUUCAUUGCUAUGAAGGAACCGUCCCAGCAGCAGAUCUCUUAGACUUUGCAAAGACACAGGCUGACUACAUUCUGGGCAACAAUCCAAAUGGUCUCAGUUAUCUUGUCGGUUUCGGUCGCAGGUACCCUACAAGAGUUCAUCAUCGCGGCGCUUCCAUGGUGGCUUACAGGGAGAGCCAAGGGUUCAUUGGAUGUACACAGGGAUAUGAUGAGUGGUACUCGCGGCGAAAGCCGAAUCCAAAUGUGAUUGUUGGAGCAAUUGUUGGGGGGCCUGGAUUGAGAGAUGAGUUCCUGGACGAACGAGGGAACUAUAUGCAGACAGAAGCAUGCACUUAUAAUACAGCGCCAAUGGUUGGAGUGUUUGCCAAGUUGAAUUCUCUUGCACAGACAAAUCUGUCAAAAGGGUCACUUCCAGGAGGGCUAAAGUGCUUGGGAAGCUCAGAGUUGGCAGCUGAACAAAAUUGA